AUGGCAAAGAAUGAUGCAGUGAUACAAAGUCAGGCAGCAUCCCUUCGUAAUCUUGAAAUGCAGCUGGGACAAUUAGCCAAUGAUCUGAAAAAUAGGCCUCAAGGUUCUUUGCCUAGUGACACGGAGAAUCCAAGGAGGGAUGGGAAGGAACAUUGCAAGGAAAUAAGGGGCAGUGGGGAGCCCACUUCAAUCCAAACUGAAGGUGAAUCUAGUAGAAAACCAGCAAAAGAAGUUACUGAAACUGGCCCAGUUGAUACAGCAUCGGGUCAGCAAUCUGUUCCAGUGAAAUCUGCACCAAAGCCACCCCCACCAUUUCCUCAGCGAUUUCAUAAACAGCAGCAAGAUGGGCAGUUCAGGAAGUUUCUGGAUGUGUUAAAGCAGCUUCAUAUUAACAUUCCCUUGGUGGAAGCCUUGGAGCAAAUGCCAAACUACGUCAAAUUUUUGAAAGAUAUUUUGACGAAAAAGAGAAGGCUGGGGGAGUUCGAAACUGUUGCUCUUACAGAGGGUUGCAGCGCUAUGCUGAAGAGUAAAAUCCCUCCAAAAUUGAAGGACCCUGGCAGUUUUACGAUCCCUUGUUCUAUUGGGGGACGGGAUGUUGGAAGGGCAUUGUGUGAUUUGGGCGCUAGCAUUAAUCUUAUGCCGAUGUCGAUUUUUAAGAAGCUUGGUAUUGGUGAAGCGAGGCCUACAACUGUUACAUUGCAGCUGGCGGAUAGAUCUAUGGCCCAUCCUGAAGGAAAAAUUGAGGAUGUUUUAGUGCAGGUUGACAAAUUUAUUUUCCCAGCCGACAUUUAUUAUCUUGGAUUAUGA